AUGGGCGAGAAGUUGAUGAGGAGUGUGGAUGCAGCGAGAAAGAUUAUGGAUGACAUGAAGGCCCAGCGCCAGUUCCAAUGGAAAACUUUGCACAAACACAUCGAACUUUGCGAGAUGGCAAACGGAUUGGUUCACAACUCCAGCCAGAUCACUGCUCGAGAGUGCCGCUUGACCAUGGAAAAGUUGUUGUCGAAUAACAUCGAGCUGCCGUUCAACAUCCGUGUCCUGGGAACAGAGAAAAUCCUUGCGGGCACUUGGAGCGAGCUUUACCACAGCCCCCAGAGCACCUCUGCCCAGGACAUCACUCAGAUCGUGGACCAGAUGAUGAGUGUUCUGAUCAGCUGGCGACAUUGCAUGCCUGAGGACGCAGCUGAUGAGGCAGAGAAGAAGGGGAAAGAGGUGGACAUCUUCAGCUUCGACGACUUGGCGGCAGAGGUGAUGGCGGACAAGGAGGACACGAAGGACGAUGAGGAGGAAACCAAGACGCUGCAGGUCUUGGAAGAGGAGCUGGAGGCAUCGAUUCUACAUGCCAUGGGCUGCGGCGAGUUUUUCGCGAUGAUCGAGGAGCCCAAGCUCCAUGAACGCCUCAAAGGUGUGACCGUGAGGUUUGUGACCAGGUAUACGGAAGACUCAGCGGAGUCCUUGGAGAUGAGCACGCCCAUUGCGAAUGCAAUGAGCACCGUGUUCCAGGCCAUGGCGUGCUUGCUGGUUCUCUUGGAGCCAACACCGGGCUUCUUGGGGACAUCGGCCAGCGCAGUGGCUAAGAUUGUGGCCUACGAAAGCAGCAACCCUGAGGAUUUCUUGAGUGCCCUGCGGUUGCACCUCGCAGACCAGGGUAUUUGGCAAUCGAGGGUGGAUGAGGUCUUGAAGCUCGGAGGCAGUGCUUUGAAGUUCGGGCAGGAGUUGAAGGAGCAUGUGGAUAAGAUGAAGUCGAUCUCGGGACAGGACGGCUUCAGCGAGCACUUCGUCCAGGCGGUCAACGUAGUUGAUACUUUGAGGAAUGGGCUUCGCAAGCAUGCCGUUGAUGAGCUGCUGUCCCUCAUCCGAGAGACGACGCAGAAGUACAUCGACAAGCUCUGCAGCUCCCCGAGUGUGUCCGAGAGCGACGGAGGCAUCAUCCAGGUGCUCAUGCAGGCCAUUGACAAGUUUCCCCAGAAGGACAUGUUGCAGCUGAAGCAGAAGUUUCUGAAGUGGCAGCAAAGCGUCCAAGUGGAGCUGCUCAAGCAGGAGGCAUCUGCUCUUGGCAACAAGAUCCUCAACCAAGCCGGAAACGAUGAUGAGGAGAUCCCGCUGGACGAUCUCGCCAAGCUUCUUGACAAGUUCAAGGCCGAGAAGGAGCUGAAGGACGAUGCCAAACAGCUGCUUCAGCAGUUGGUUUGGGCCAUCAUGACGAAGGCCUCCAACCUGAAGCGGCUUGCGUACCAGAUCUUCAGCCUCCUUGACGGCUUUGGGAAGCUUGCCUUCGCUGACCCGGUGGCGGAGAGCUUGAAGCUUCAGAUGCAGUACAUGCAGGAUGGAUUGUAUGUGCUGAAGCAGAUGGAGAAGUUCCGCAAGCUCGGCAGCGACCCUGCCGGGCGCCUCAAGAACGAUGUCAGGUGGGGAGCUCUUCUCACGUACGUGAAGCAGCUGGAGGGUUUGCGGACUGUCAGGGACAAGGCCAGCAGCCGUGUGGACGUUUUGGCAUCCUCUGCUCCUACUGAGCAUGCCAAACUCAAGGAGCUAUGUUUCUCUGACUUGGAUCGACCCUUCCAGGUGCCUGAGGACAUGAAGGACGCCUUUGUUUUCGCAAUGAAGGCCAUGCAGAAGGAUGCAGAGGAGCUCAUCGACAAGAUGGGCGACAGCACCCAGAACCUCCACCUCCCGAAGUCCAGAUGGACGAAAGAUCUCAAGCCCGAUGCAACGGCCGAAACGGUGAAAAUGUGCAUCGCCAGCAGCCUCGACUUUGAUGUUUCCCAGCUGGAGCCCACCCUGCAAGCUCUCAAGGAGGUGAAUGCCAAAAUUGCCAUCUGGAAGAAGAAGGUGACCUUCCUCAAGACUGUGGCGGAGCUUGAGGAUGAAUCCAAAGCAUUCUUCGACACAUGCGAGAAGGUGAAUCAGAGCCUUGUCAGUGGCCAUAUUUUCAGAUCCGAGGGCAUUCUCGCAAAUGCUUUGAUGGAGUCGAACAAGGGGGAAGCGCAAAAACUCGUUCGUGUUGAGCUUUCCUAUCUGGCCGGAGAUCAUUGGCAGCUGGGCAUCAAUGAGACGCAUGUCCAUGCAGCUGUGCUGGCAGCUGCAAAGCAGCUGCUGGACAAGAAAUGA